AGCAAGAUUUGUUCUCUUAUCUACCAACUAGGGAGCCCUGUGUUCUUUAUAACAAUAACACCCUGUGACAUGGACGGUUCUCUCUGCCAAUUGGCAAUCAAAGGCAUCAACAGUUAUGGUGUGUUGAGUAUGGGAACUACUCCACAUAGCCAGUUCAACAGAGCUAUGGGCAUAGCUCAUAAUCCAGCUGUGGCUGCAUCUGUGUUCCAUCACACCAUGGUAUGGUUUUGCAACAUCAUCUUGCACAUAGGCAAAGGGCCCGGGCUUUUUGGAAACUGUACUGGCUGGUAUGGUAUGGUUGAGGCACAAGGUCACAGUAUGCUGCAUUGUCAUAUGUUUAUAUGGGUGGAAGGCAAUCCUACACUCCACAUGCUGCGCAAAAUGAUGUUGACCAAUUCCAACUUCCAGGAACGUAUGAUCCAAUGGCUCAAACACAUUAUCCACACUGAGCUGCCCAGACAAACAGAGGUAGUUCCUGAGCCCAAUGGACCAGUGUUGCCCCCAAAGCUCAACGUCAAUGCAGUUGACCCUUGGACUAUGGCAAUACCAGAUCUUUCACAGUGCACAGAAUGGUCCACAAUGUUUUGUGACUGUGUACACACUUUGGUUGAAUGGAAUAAUUGGCACGUACAUUGA